CGACGUCACUUCCCGAACAGAACACGGCGGGAAACUGUUGAGAACAUGGCGGUAGUCUCCUUGUCCAAAGGAGCUCUGGAUGCAUACAUUGCUUCUGGGAACGACGUUGUCGAAUUCAAGCUAGUCCGAACCGCCGAAGACCUGGACAAUGACAGUCUUGGCUUCGCCCCCGAGAUGUCACACCAGAUAUUUGGAGAAGGGGAGAAUAUCUUUGGUUACCGAAACCUCAGGGUGAAAAUUUACUACACUGCAUGCAGCCUCAACAUUUAUGUCUCAGUGAAGUAUGCGGAGAAGAUCAGUGUCAAAAAGAGUGACGGUGUUAAGCCAGAUGAUGUGGUAGGAAUGGUCACAGAGAAGCUGCCCCCAGGUUUUUAUAGCAACCUGGAUCAUUUUUCAUCGAUCCUUUCGAAAGAAUCUCAGUUCAAGCCUUUUGGUGUUCUGCAGCAUUCCUUCACUUUCAAGAAAGGCAACCCGGGCUGUCGUACCUUUGAGAUCUACAAGGUAGAUACAAAAGUACCUGGUUUCGUCGACUACCAUGCCAGAAUGCAGACUUUCAUCCUGUGGUAUAUCGACGCUGCAUCGUACAUUGACUCGGAUGAUGAAAGAUGGGAGUAUUUUGUAUUACACGAGAAGAAGAUUAUAGGAGGCGCCACGUACUACCUAUUUGCUGGAUACGCCACCGUGUACCGGUACUACGCCUACCCAGCAAACAUGAGACCCAGAAUAAGUCAAAUGCUAAUCCUUCCACCAUUUCAAAAGCAUGGACUGGGGGCAGAGCUUUUGCAGGCAAUAUACAAUUAUUACCUCAAAGAGCCUAGUGUGGUGGAUGUCACCGUGGAGGAUCCCUCCGAGGCAUUCACUCGGCUGAGGGACUUUGUGGAUGCAAGAAACUGCUUAAAGCUGGCGUCGUACAGUCCAAAAAAGCUGCAUAAAGGUUUUUCAGAAGAAAUGAGGAAAGAAGCACAGGAAAAGCUGAAGCUUAACAAGCGUCAAGCACGAAAAGUCUACGAAAUGCUCCGCCUUCAUGUGACAAACACAAGCAACCCCGGUCAGUAUAAAAUGUACAGGCUGGAAGUCAAGAACAGGUUGAACGCCCCGUAUCAGAGACAAAAGGCAGAUAUGGAGAAGCUGCGUCACGUGAUGUCCGAAGAAGAGUUCCGUACCACCCAGCAGUGUCUGAAUGCGGAAAACCGGUUUGAGCAAUUAGAGACACAAUACCGCGAGGUGGAGCUCGAAUACAGGAGGGUACUUGAGAGGUUGGCCGCUUCAAACCUCAGGUGAUCGCCCGAGUUUGUUGGAAUUAUGUCACAUUGGAGUAUUAUGGAAUGCAGACACACCUUCGUCUUCGUGACAUGCCUGUUGAUAUGCCAAACAGAGAAAAAAAAAGCAUAGCUAUUAUGCUCAAAAAAUGUUACGCGGAGUUAAAGACGAGGGCCUUGUUAAUUUUUCUCUCAGAUGCUAAAUAACAAAACUGUUUCUGGACAUGUUCUUACUAAUACAACGUUACAAAGUUUAAAUGGUCCGUUUUACAAGUUGUUCUUAUAUCUGGCAUUACAUAUUAAAAUUGUAGUUCAGCAGUGCUGUUCCACACCAGAGGUACUAUGAUAGGAAAUUACGACGUUUUCUUUUUUUUUUUUUUUUUAGUGAAGGCUCGUGUCAGACAACUGUGGAUCAAAUAUUUCUGGAAAAUUUAAAUUACUUUGACGUUUUGCUGCUGGUUCAGGAAGCCCUCCAAGUCACACCUACAUAGUGGCAACUACUGUUGUGCCAGUACUUCAUAACCACAAAUUGCAGAUGUGAUCAUACUAGGCAUUUAUGUAUCUCACGUAAACGCCUAAUGCGAUCAGACGCUGCUGUUAAUACAGGCUAACAUCACUUAUUCAUGCGAGGCAUAUUUUAUUUGCUUCCAUUCAGCAUUGAUUGCUUAUGUCAAAGAUUUCUACAAAGGCCCGAGAUUGUCACACAGCCAUUUGUAUCUUUGUGGAAUGACCCUGCUGAGUGUGUGGUAUUUGAUAAGGAAGACAAGGGCCAUCUUUAACAUGCUUUUGUUAUGCAACGAGGCCUUUUAUAUGCUGUUAGCACUUUUAAACAUGUUCAAGCCUUAACAAAAACAGGUUCAUUGUGAACUGUGUCCUUCGGCAAGAGGUUGCUUAUGUUGUAUGUGGGAUGUUUACCACGUCUGCAUAUUGUGGAGAUGAAUUCUGUAAAUUAUGUUGUAUUUGCGAGUUAUUAAAAGUGUGUUGCAAGUGCG